CACUUCCCAGUUCCCAACCUAUUUACCCCUCUGCCUCCGAGACCGAGAGCUCUUCAGUCUCAGUAAUGGCGGCAGAGAUUGACACCACCGCAGUUGUUGCAGAAGACAUCCCAAAUCCAUCAAACGAAGAAGCUCACAAGCUUCUUUCGUCCUAUCUUGGCCUCAGCUUUGCUGUCUUUCUAGGGUUCCUUCCAAGAUCCUCUCUUUCUUUUAUCUCCACUCUGCAAACUCGCAACAGGAACCUCUCCCUAAAGCUCUUCCAUACAGAGGAACAGCUUAGACAAAUGAUGUCUCGCAGAAGAGAGGAUUCAAAAGCGAAUGCUAGGGUCGUUGAGAUCUUCGCGAGUCACAGGAAUGGAUGGCAGCAGGAAGAGAAGAAGCUGUUGCGGCAGAUCGAAGCUUCCGCGGAAGAAAUCGCGCAUUUGAGGGCGAAGAUCGAUGAAAUGGAGAAAAAUGAAGUUGAACUGAGGAUGUGUGUUGAGAAGUCGCAGAGAGAGGUUGAGGAGAGGGAAGAGAUGAUUAACUUUAUGUCUAGGAAGACGGAUGAAGAGAAUUUUUCUGUUGGGUCGGUUGACGGGAUUGAAAGCGAGAAGGGUUCGGAGUUUGAGGCUUAUGGGUCUCAGUACAGUGGAGGUUAUGGUGUAAAUGUGGAGGAGAAUGGGGAAUUUGGUGAUUAUAGCCCAGGUUUUUCGAGGUUUGGGAAAAUGAGGUUUUCAAAGGGGUUAGAUCCCAUCUCUGAGGAGUGUUUCUUGGCAAGGAAUAGCGGUGGAGACGAACUGGGUGAUUUUUAUGGGCAACAGAACGGUUUCAGUCGGGAUUUCUUUCCUUCGGCUUCGAAGCUUUGGGGUGAUAAUGGUUGGCAGGAUCUACAAUAUGAAUCUCUUGACUCGCUGUAUCAAAUGAAGCAGUAUGUGCCGAGAAGGGAGUCCCCUUGGAAAGUAGACGGCGAAUCAACGGGAGUUUCCUCUAAGUUGAAAUUGCUUGAGCAGGAACUACUAAAUUUGGAAAGAAUUGGAAAGACUGAGCUAUUGAAGGUCCCUUCAUUGAUGAGGAAGCAAGCAAAGAGAUAUCAAGCUCUCGCUGGGAAGAUUGAUGAUCUAUGCAGCAGAAUGCAAGCCAGCGAUCCUUCUGAACCAACCCUCAGCUCAGAGUUCCGAACUCAACGACAAACAGAGUUCUUGCUUGAAGCAUUUCGUCUCCAACAGCGGGCAAUCGAGACAGGGCAGAAACUAACAGCUCUACAAACUGAAAUCAGCAAGAGCCAAUUUGAUGAUGAACUAGUGGGACAGGCCAAACUAACUACUAGACGGUCUUUGGACUCCAUUAGGAACAAUUUCAAAGAAAUUCAGAGAAAUUUGGAGAUUUGGUUGGCUAGAAUUAUGGGAGAUCUAGAAGGGCUCCUCGCUAGAGAUGGCGCUUCUCGUGUAAGGGAAUACUACAUUUCUAGAUAUCCUUUUAUUCAAUAAUCAUAUUUGGUAACCAAGUUUGUAAAAGUCUCACGGUUCUUGAGUUAGUA